UUAGUUUUUAAACGAUAGUGAAGAUGUGGAGUUGUCCUUGCGUUGCAGCCGGAUUGCUGCUCUUAUUCAGUCUGAACCUGGUCUUUCUGCUGCCAGAAACCAACUAUUGCCAUUUAAAAAACUGCCCAGCGUACAAAAAACUGCCACAUAUUGGCUGCAAUAACAGUGGGAACUGGUCGCCAAAGUGCGGAAAAGAGCCAACCAUUGUUUCCAUAUCCCAGCAUAUAAGAAAUUUCAUUCUUAACUAUCAUAACACAUAUCGCGAUAUGGUGGCCGGUGGCCAAUUGCACAAGCUGCCCAUUGCAGCCCGUAUGCUCAAGCUGAAUUGGGACCACGACUUGGCUUUUUUGGCUGAACUCUUGGUAAAACGCUGCGAUCUCCAACCCACAGACCACUGCAUAUCCACAGAAGAGUUCUCGUCUCCAGGCUACCAUGCGGUAUAUAACAAGUUCAAGGGGAACCAGGAUACAUCCAGGAUAGUUCGAUCCCAACUGAAUGCGUGGUACGAUCAGUACAAGCACGUUUCUGCAAGUAGCCUAAUUAAUGGAUUGUCCCCGGAUAAAAAGGAGGUUGGGCACUUCCUAAGAAUGAUGGUUGGACCCAGUAACCGAUUGGGCUGUGCCAUAGCCAGAAUCGAAAAAGACGGAUGGACUCACCAAUGGCUGACCUGCCUGUAUAGCUGUUCACCCAAGAAGAACUCGUUUCUAUACGAGUAUUCCGGAAAACCUGGAACACAUUGCACCACUGGGAUUAAUGGCAAAUUUCAACAUUUAUGCAAUGACACGGAACCUGUGACGGAUUGCAUGCAUUCGGAUAUAUUCAAAACAGUAGUUGGCAACGACACUACAUCAUUGAUCAGGGGCAUGAUGAAUAAUGAAAUGCAACCCAGAACUUUUGGGUGGCUAUGGAAUUGGGGGAAAAGGGUUUGGGGCUGGGUGAAGAAGACCUGGAAAAAAUAUAUAGGCGGUGGUGGUGGAGGCGGUGGUGGCGGUGGUGGCGGUGGUGGCGGUGGUGGUGGUGGAGAUGACGGUGGUGGUGAGGGCGGAGAGGAAUGA